AUGGAAAGCGAUAAGGUUCGUGCUCUUAGUAUUGUUCGAAAUGCGGAACUUGUCCAUCCCGGUCUUCCUUUAGUUGAAGCAUUCAAUGAUGCUAUAGAUGGCGAGCAGGCUGCAAGAUAUUUCAUGAAAACCUAUGUCGACGAUAGAAGUAAUGUUAACUCCACACAAUUUUUGAAAGAUUGGAAAGAUUUGCUAAGACUUUUCUAUGUGGAAUCUUCCCACUCAAGAAAUCUGAAUUGGGCUUCGAGGAGAAGAGUUGCGAAAAGAGAUAAGUGUCGAUGCUGCCUGGCCGGCGUGCGAUGUCGAUUCUGGGGCUAUUGGAAUGUGUUUCCCAUUAUUCCUCCGACCGCACUUUGUAUUAAGGAAGUAGGACAAACAACCCCGAUUAUAUAUUUUUGGUGAUUUCUCUGCUUUUUUUAUAGCAAAGGCUAUUUGAUACGCUUGGUGCAUUUACUACAUCUUUCCACCAAGAGCUGCUCAAAGACAAAUCUCUAGAGAAUCAGAUUCGCAAUCAUUGGAUUUUGAGCGAGGAUGCGGCAAUGCCCCUUUCGAAAGGAGUGAUAAAACUCAAAAAGCUUGAAGGAGCAAAUUACAGGAUUCUGUAUAAAAAUAUUGGCGGCAAUGUUCUGGCGAUGUAUACGCACAGCCAACAAGUCAAGUGGAGAUGUGAUCUAGUCGAUCACUCAAACUCUGGAAUUGAGAGUCCUGACCCAUAUCUUCUCGACAUACAGUCUCGGUUCUCCAAGUCUCUAAAGUGGGCUGAAAUUGAUACCAAGAUAAAGGGCCGUCCAUCCUUACGCCGAAGUCAGAACACAAACAGCAGCUCUUUUAUACAAUCGAUCACCACUACUUUUCUCGUUGUGUGGUCUAAGUUCCCUGAAUUUAUCCGAUUCAAGACCUACAGAGCUCUGAGAACUGUUGGAUCAUAUCUCUAUGGACCUACCACGAGAGGAGUCCAGAGGUUACCAUUCGGAAUGUACCUCAAACAUGGUCCAGAAUACCUCGCUAAGUACCACGCCGGGGAAUUCAACGCUCUUAAGAUUGUGCGAAGUCGAACUUCCAUCCCUGUCCCAAAUCCCAUAGAUCUCUUGGUCUCACCCACUGAGUCCUUCCUUGUGACUUCCCACAUCGAAGGCAUGCCGGCCGGACACGCUAUACAUGAAUGCAGUGACGAGGAGGUGCAUCAGAUGGCUCAAGAUCUGCGUUCCCACAUCGCGGAGUUACAUACCAUAGAACAGAACAAAGAUUCCAAAUACGCCAUCGCCAACGCAACCGAGGGUCCUUGUUUGGAUUACCGCAUCGACAGUGAGCCAGUAGGGCCUUUUCCUGCCGAGAAAGAAUUCAGUGAAUCAUUACAGUUGGGAAUACUUCAUGGAUUGAUGCAUCGUACUGAUCAUAAGAUAUUCUUUACGCACGGGGAUUUGAACAUGAGAAACAUCUUGGUCAAGAAUGGAAAGAUCUCAGGAAUUGUAGAUUGGGAGAAUGCGGGAUGGUAUCCUGAGUAUUGGGAAUAUAUCAAGUGCCGAUUUUCGGUCAAAAUUCACAAGCGAUGGAUGAAGAUGAUAGAUGAGACAUUCGAGAAUAAGUAUGAAGAUGAGUUGGCGAUUGAUAGGCAGUACUGGGAUUAUCAUACC